CGCGCAUGGCGAUGGCGAGAGAGAGAGAGAGAGAGAGUAGGGGAGGGAUCAUUGAAAGCCGCAGCGCCCAUGUCCCAGGCCCGUCUGUUCGCCACCAUUUGUCCAUUCCCCCUCCAUCAUUCCUCCCCGCUUUCUCCACCAUCAGGGCGAAAAUUUUAUGCGAGCUUUGGAAAGCGCGAGCUAGUUUAUCCGGCCGGGCGUGGUCACCGAGGCAGUAGCGGCGAGAGAGGGGAGGAUCUGAUCGAUGUCGUCGGGCGAGGACGGGUACUGCAGCUCGGAUUCGCCGCGGGCGGAAUCCCCCGACCAGCCGCAGGCAGCUGCGGCGGCGGACGCGGACGCGGACGCGGAGUCGCCUCGCGCCGGAGCCGGGCCGAACAAGCGCGACCUCCACGCCUCGUCGCCGGCAGCUAAGCGCAGCCGGAGAUCGGUGGAGAAGCGGGUUGUGUCGGUGCCGCUGGCCGAGUGCGGGGAGGGGCCGCCGCCGUCUGACUCGUGGGCGUGGCGCAAGUAUGGGCAGAAGCCCAUCAAGGGCUCCCCCUACCCACGUGGGUACUACCGCUGCAGCAGCUCCAAGGGGUGCCCCGCGAGGAAGCAGGUGGAGCGCAGCCGCGCCGACCCUGCCGUGCUGCUCGUCACCUACACCUUCGACCACAACCACGAGGCGCCGCGGCCCAAGAGCAGCUGCUGCCACCAGCAAGGCAGGCCGCCGGCGCCGAAGCCUGAUGAGCCCGUGGCCGAGCAGGAGGAUGAGCUGGGUCCGGAGCAUGAGCCGGAAGACGAGCAGGAGCCGGAGCAGAAGGUCGUCCCAGGUCUGGCCGGGCCGGAAACGGCGCCGGCAACCGCAACGUUGGCGCCGGUGGCAGAGGAGGACGAAAGCUUCGACUUGGGGUGGUUCGACCAGUACCCGACGUGGCACCGUUCGGCGCUGUACGCGCCGCUGCUGCCGCCGGAGGAGUGGGAGCGGGAGCUGCAGGGGGAAGACGCCCUGUUCGCGGGCCUCGGCGAGCUGCCCGAGUGCGCCGUCGUGUUCGGCCGCCGCCGCGAGCUCAGCCUGGCCGCUACCGCGCCGUGCUCCUGAUGGUCCUUAAAGUCUUUUUUACACUAGUAGCUCUGAUCGCUGCACGGGGCAUCUGUUCAAGGCCGUCUGCUGCCUAAGCUUUCUGUCCCCGUGUCCGUGUUGAUUGGGUACGCGCGUUCGCCGUCCAAGGUUCGUUUGUCCCGUUUG